AUUUAUGAAAAUUAUUUGUAAGGGGUACCUGGCAGUUUAGCGUGAAAGAGAGAGUGAAGUUGAACAGAAAUGGUGAAAGGAAGUAAAGAGAUUCUGCAAAAAGCAGCCAAAACCCUAUCCGACAUCCUCGUUUGCCCUCUCUCUAAGCAACCUUUGAGGUAUUGUGAGGAAUCAAAUUCCCUGAUCAGCGAUGCUAUUGGCGUUGCCUUUCCCAUAAAAAAUGGGGUACCGUGCUUGGUUCCAAGAGAUGGGAAGAUACUUGAGGAAGAAGAUGCGUCAAAACAUGAUAGUGAUACCAAUUUAUCAGCCGUGAAUGAAGAGAGUCUUGGAAGAAGUGCCUGAGAUUAAGUUUGUAACGUUGUGUGAGAGAUUUCACUUGGAGGGAAGAAUCGUGUUUUUCUUCUUUUCCUUGAAUGAAAAGAAUUUGAACAAUUUAAUCUCACUUUCCCCCUUCCCUUUUCGUUGUUUGUAUUAAUAGCUGAUUUGUAUCUCCCAGAGUUCUCUAACUGUAUGAUUCGAGGUUUAUUAUUAUACUCUUGUGAAAAUUAGUAGUGGUAAACAGAAGUUGUAAUUUGUUUGGUUCAAUUACAAGUGUUGAGGAUGCUAACCUCUGUUAAAGUGAUAUAAGGCUAUGGAGAUCUAUAAUCAAUAGCUUUACAUAAAGAUG